CGGGCGGAGGGCACCAUGCCGCAGCUGGACUCCGGCGGGGGCGGCGCGGGCGGCGCGGGCGGCGGCGACGACCUAGGAGCGCCCGACGAGCUGCUGGCCUUCCAGGACGAGGGCGAGGAGCAGGACAAGAGUCGCGACAGCGCCGCGGGCCCUGAGCGCGACCUGGCCGAGCUCAAGUCGUCGCUCGUGAAUGAGUCCGAGGGCGCGGCCGAAGGCUCUGGGAUCCCGGGUACCGGCGCCGGAGCACGCAGCGAGGCCGAGGUCGGGGCCGAGGCUCUGGGACGGGAGCACACUUCGCAGAGACUUUUCCCGGACAAACUUCCAGAGUCUCUGGAGGACGACUGCCUUCAGCCCCAGCAGCUGCCUGGGCUGGUAUCUGACCCAGCUGUGGUUUUUCCAGGCCUGAAGGCCCCGGGGUGCUCCAGCGGCAUGUACAAAGAGACUGUCUAUUCCGCCUUCAAUCUGCUCAUGCACUACCCACCCGCCUCAGGAGCAGGGCAGCAUCCCCAGCCGCAGCCUCCACUGAACAAGGCCAAUCAGCCAACCCACAGUGUCCCCCAACUGUCUCCUCUCUACGAACAUUUCAGCAGCCCACACCCCACACCUGCACCUUCGGACAUCAACCAGAAACAAGGAGUUCACAGGCCUCUGCAGACCCCUGACCUCUCUGGCUUCUACUCUCUGACCUCAAGCAGCAUGGGACAGCUCCCUCAUACUGUGAGCUGGCCCAGCCCUCCUCUCUACCCCCUGUCCCCUUCCUGCGGAUAUAGACAGCACUUCCCUGCCCCCACUGCAGCCCCUGGCACCCCCUACCCCAGGUUUACCCACCCAUCCUUGAUGCUGGGCUCUGGUGUCCCUGGUCACCCAGCAGCCAUCCCUCACCCGGCCAUUGUGCCCACCUCAGGGAAGCAGGAGCUGCAGCCCUAUGACCGCAGCUUGAAGACACAAGCAGAAUCCAAGGCAGAGAAGGAGGCUAAGAAGCCAACCAUUAAGAAGCCCCUCAACGCGUUCAUGCUGUACAUGAAGGAGAUGAGAGCCAAGGUCAUUGCAGAGUGCACACUCAAGGAGAGCGCCGCCAUUAACCAGAUUCUAGGUCGCAGGUGGCAUGCACUGUCAAGGGAAGAACAGGCCAAGUAUUAUGAAUUGGCCCGUAAAGAAAGGCAGCUGCACAUGCAACUAUACCCAGGCUGGUCAGCGCGGGACAACUACGGGAAAAAGAAGAGGCGGUCAAGGGAAAAGCAUCAAGAAUCUACCACAGGAGGAAAAAGAAAUGCAUUCGAACUGCUUGCUAGCCCAGUGGAGUCGGCACCAACAUCCCCACGUCUCUCCACUAUUCUCAGUCUCCCUGCCCCUGGACCACCACAGGCCCCUCACAGCACCCUGCAGAACACACAAGUACAGCAACAGGAAUCUCAGAGGCAGGCGGCCUAGCAUGCACAGGACUCCUGGCCUCCUCCAGAGGCCUAUCCCUUUAGAGAAAGCAGAAGAAGCCCCAGUCAUAUGGAAACUGGCCAGCAGCCCUCCCAAUACUCCAUGUAGGGUCCAUGCCCUGAAGAUUUCAGAGGCUGAACAACUUCUGCCUGAACGUGAAGCCAUCAAUUCAAACUUCUCAAGUGGUGGGACCAUAUUAAUGCCAGUGUGUCGUCUCAUUAAGGGAAUCCUGAUUCCUGUGGCAGCCUAUAUUGUGGUGUCCCCAACCCCGCUCCAAACCAUGUGCUUUACUAGCCAGAUACCCUUGUCUCCCUUGCUUUUCUGCUAUAGGUCACAGAAGGGCAGGACUAAGCUCAGCUACAUUCUCUACAGAAAUGCCUCAUCUGUCCUCCUCUGCCACACCCUUCCCACACCAGACACUUCCAUGGAUCAAGAAUAACCUGUUUUAUCAAACAUCAUCUGAGCAUGAUCACAACCACAAAGCUCAAGAUGACUAUGCUUCUCCAAAGGGAAUGGAGGAGCUGUUUACAGAAAACCAGCUGCUCUUCAUAAGCUGAACCAGAGGAAGCCUCUUAGUAUAUUCUCAGGAGCUUAGAAGAGGAGGAGGGAAUGGAAUAGGUUUAGGCCUAACAACUUAUCAGGCAAAUGCGGGUUCCUGAGCAACUUAAGAAACCCUGACACCAAAGCUCAGGCACCAGGUGAUGCAGGCAAAUAGUUCAAAGAAGUCAUGGCCCAAAUCUAGUAUGUAUCCCUCUCCAUUCAGUCUUUUUUUCACAGUUCCAUUUCCAGCUCAUCCAUGUCACUUGAGCCAGCUCUUGGGCAAUUUAAGAGAGUAAACCCAAAACCUCCUCCAAUAGCCAGAGCUUGCCUUCUAGCAUUCAGACCAGGCCAGCUUGUUUUUUUCCCUUUGGGGCUGAAGGAAAGAGGACUGUUAAAACUAAAGGAGCCCAGAAACCUCUAGUGGUGGACAUAGGUUUUCACCACAGCCUACUUUAAUCAAUUUUUGAGCCAAGCUUCAACCCUGAGCCUUGAGAAACAAGUCUUUUAUUUUAAUUUAACUUUUUUUUUUUUCCUUUUGCCUUCUCCUCAUUGUACAUAGCCUGAAUCCAAAGAAAAAGGGCUGUCUGUGUACUCGUAUAUACCCUUACAAAAAGCCUUUAGUUACAUACUUUAGCCACUGGUUUCUCAGAAUCCAAAGAUCACCUAUUCUUGUGUAGUGUUGCAAAAAGUCUUGAGAAAAAAGGACCAAUGUAGUGUUCAAAAUAUUUUUGUAUUGUUAAUGCAUCAUCAAAGAAAAACUUUUUAAAACAUGAGAAUAAAGAUACUUUUUACUGGGUUUUUCAAAGUCUGACCCUGAGGAAUAAGAUGUUUGGGUAACAGCAUGACAUUUACCUUUUCUUUUCCGGUCACAAAACUUGGGGGUUAAUUGCCUAAUAUGGUGUACAUAUUCCCAAGACUUCCAACCUACAGAAACUAGAGAUCACCCUUGUCAUUUACCCUAUAAGGACGUGGACCCCCACCCCUAAGGCUGGGCUCAUGCUGAGAAUAAACUUAAGACUACAGACCUUUACCCCACAACUGAUGCAGCAAAGCCUGUUUUCCAGUGCCCUUAAAGUGAUGAGUUGGAAACUGCUAUCCUAUAAACCCUGAAAACAAAAUGGUUGCAUAUGAACACUAGGCUUUUUCCCUGAGAGCAGAAAAAAGAUAUCCUGUUUUCAAGGAAAAUAAAAGCAAUCAAUCUCUUA